AUGGGCAAAACUAAGUCGAGCAAAGGCGACGUCGCCAGGGUCUCCAAGAAGGACUCGAAGAAAUCUGAGUUGGCCAGCGUCAAAGAAGGCCGCGUCACCAAGUCGGCUCAAACGCCCAAAGCAAAGAGCAAAGAGGUGGCUAAGUCUGCUGCUACUAGCCAUGCUCGUGAGGAGCUGAAGAAGAAGAAGACCAAGAAGGCGCCAACCCCAGAACCAGAGUCCGAGUCCGAGGAGUCGGCUUCCAGUGACAGCGACAGUUCUGCGGACAGCAGUGAGGACGAAGAGGUCGAAAAGAAGGCCCCUACCAAGACAAACGGAGUCGCAAAGCCCGCCGCUAAAGCUGCUCAAGCCGAAUCUGAUGACGAGUCAAGUGAUGCUUCUUCGGACAAAAGCGACGAGGACAGUGAGGACAGCGAGAGUGACGAGGAAACCGUCGCUCCCAAGGCAAAUGGCACUAAGUCGAACGGUGUUUCGAAGCCUGCCACGAGGUCCGAAUCUGAAUCCGAGUCUGAAUCCGAAUCAUCUGAUGAAAGCAGCGAUAGCAGCGAGGACGAAUCGGAAGAAGAGAAGUCCGCCACCAAGUCCGCGGCCAAAGUGCAGAAAUCUGCGAAGGCUACGGCUGCUUCCGACGGAGAUUCGUCCGCUUCUUCUGACUCUGACGCCGAAUCGGAUUCGGGAUCCGAUUCCGAUGAUUCCUCUGCUAGCGAGAAAGAAGAAGCUCCCACUAAGAAGCGGAAGGCUGAGGCUGCCUCAGAGCCAGUUGUCAAGAAGACCAAGACUGAGAACGCUGUCGAAGAGGAGGGCGUGAAGAAUCUGUUCGUUGGAAGUCUGAGCUGGAGCGUGGACGAAGAAUGGCUAUCCCGCGAAUUUGAGCAAUUCGGCGACAUUGUUGGCUGCCGUGUCGUGACCGACAGGGACACCGGCCGUUCGCGAGGAUUUGGCUACGUCGAAUAUGCUACUGUUCAAGCUGCGAAAGAUGCUCAUGCUGCUAUGCAGGGCUACGAACUCGAUGGUCGAAAGUUGAACGUGGAUUUCAGCCAACCUCGUCAACAACAGGCUGGAGGAUUCAAGGAGAAGAGCAACGACAGGGCCAAACGUUAUGGUGACCAACCUAGUCAGCCAAGCAACACUCUGUUCAUUGGAAACAUCUCUUUCGACGCCACAAAUGAUAUGGUAUCCGAGGCCUUCAGCGAGUACGGCGAGAUUAGCCGUGUUUCCCUCCCGACUGACAGGGACACCGGCGCUCCGAAGGGCUUUGGCUACGUCGACUUCACCACGGUCGAUGAAGCUAAGGCUGCCCUUGAGGCCUUGAACGGUAUGGAGCUUGCUGGUCGCUCUAUCCGCAUCGACUAUGCCACUCCUCGCGACAACAGCGGUGGAGGGGGUGGCGGCCGAGGUGGCGGCUUUGGUGGUAGGGGCGGAGGCGAUCGUGGCGGCCGAGGACGAGGCGGUUUCGGUGGUCGUGGAGGUGGCCGUGGUGGAGGUCGCGGAGGCCCGAGAGGAGGUCGCGGCGGUGGAUCCUACAACCGUGGUGGCUUCGGCGACUUCAAGGGAUCUAAGGUCACCUUCUAG